GGGAUGGCAGAUGGGAGUAGGCUGGCCGACAAAUCUGGGGGGUUAGAGCGGUCAGUGUCUGCACUCCUUGCCUGGUCUAGACUAGUAUGCCAACUGCCAAGCAACCUACAGUCGAGAAGGUACACACGUGACCUGAAUCCACUGUUGCUGGCCUCACCCACGGGGUUUCUGGGAAUCCCCAGGUAGAUUUUCCCAUGAGGAAAACACGAUCUGAUCAUCAAUCUCCACAAACCCCUCAUCGGUUCUGUUGUGUCUUCAACCCCUGGACUGCCCACAUGGCCCCAGCAGCCGCUCCUCAGCAGCCAAACGGAAUGUCUGCGCGACCGGUUUAUGACGAGGCCUCUAUCCUUGACCUAGCCCAGUCAUCCAAGCUCUGCACCCGGUGCCGUGCCAUUUUCCAUGCCAAGCCUCACCCAGAGUUUGUCUAUGACCUGACCGCGGACACAAUCUUCAAUCGCCACGGGUUCCGCCGCCCUUACCAUAGCGAGCGCGGCUUGGUGAGCGCGGUGCUCGACGUCGGUUGCGUGGUCUGCAAACAUCUGUUCAAUUCCGCGCCGGCCCGCGAUGAAUUUCUCGCCCGAGUCAAGGCAGAAUGGGACGACAUUGGACCAGACCAGAUGGCAUCGCUUUUCUGGGUUGGGUCGGGCUUCCACGAUGGCCUUGGUGGCCCAGAAAAUGGCAAAGAUAAAAGAUUCUUCACCAUCCACAUGGAGGAUCGGCUCGAGACCCCGGACAACGGAGAGUACUGGUGUAUUGAGGAGUAUUUCACCGUCACGACAUUGAACGCUCCGACUGGCUUCAAAUUCUGCCCAAGACCUGAUCCUGCGCAGCUCCCUGACCUCGUCCGGCAAUGGGUGGCUAGAUGCCAAACCCACGAAUCGCACGAACAUUGCAGGGCAUACCAGGCAUUGCCCCGCCAGGCGCCCCGGAGGGUGCUUGAGAUAACUGACAAGGCACUGCUGCUGCGUGUGCUCCCUCGCGAUAACUGGACGGGCACCUACAUCACACUUAGUCACCGCUGGGCAGUCCCAGAACCCCCAAAACUCCGCCGAGAGAACGAGGCCGAGCUGCGAUCCGCCGGCAUCAGCAUCGCAUCACUGCCGCAGGUAUUCCAAGACGCCGUCCAAGUCGCCCGCUGGCUGGACGUCCAGUAUGUGUGGAUUGAUUCACUGUGUAUAUUUCAGGACUCUCUCCAAGACUGGGAGCGCGAGGCUGGCAUCAUGGGCGGCAUCUAUGGCGGCAGUCUCUUCAACGUGGCAGCCAUAGACGCCGACGACAUGUGCCAGAGCGGAUUUCUCGGGAGGCUGGCGAGACCCGGCAAUGAGACCUUGCUCCCUGUUGUAUACAGCCGCGGCAAUGCCUUCGUACAGAGCCUGCGAGACGACAAGAUCAUCCCCGGCGAUGACUGGCCGGAGGGCAGCGUGAUACAUCCACACACGGCCUUUGAUCAUCAGGUGCUCCAAUCCAUGCUCAUAGGCCGCGGUUGGGUGCACCAGGAAAUACUCCUUGCCCCGGCGACGCUUUACGUCUCGCAGAAGCAGGCGUGGUGGCACUGCACGGCUGGCACAAGUAGCGAGACAUACCCAGACGGCAUCCCUCCGUUCCUACAGCCACCCGACACUGCCGAGCUGAGAAACUUUAUCAUCAAGGCCCGCAACAAAGCAGCCGCAGCCAAGCGCAGCGGCGGAACAGAAGAAGACGCGGAGAGCACCCCAGACGACCGCGAGGAGACGCUCAUCAUGUGGCGCGAGGUGAUCGAAAUCUACUCCAAGGCCGACUUCACAUACGCCCCCGACCGACUCGUGGCACUGGCGGGCGUCGUCAACGCCUUGGUUGACGUCCUAGGCGACUACUACUGCGGAAUGUGGUACCGGCUGUCAGUAAUGGGUGGUGGCCCCGAUGGGGAUCAAGGACAAUGGGACGACUUCCUCUCGCAGCUGAUAUGGAUGCACGCGCCCAAGAUACCGCUACGAAGGGAGGCCUUGUCCUUUGAGGAAACGCCGCAACAGCAGCAGCCUGCUGCCGAAGGGAACCACGAAGAAAAGUCUUCGAUAAAGACCCCCAUAAUUCCCACGUGGUCGUGGGCCAGCUGCCCGCAGGCAAUCCGAUACUUCCCCGGCGCAAACGGCCCGCGCACGCUGACGCACCUGGCGAGCAGGCCGCCGUUCGAGCGGCUCAACCCUUUCGGCUGGCCCAUGGACCAUGCAGCGGCCACCCUGCACCUGCGCGGGGCCCUGGUCCCCCUGUGCAUGUUCCCCUAUCCUGGAAACACCUCCUUUCUAUGCUCCUAUUCCCGCGUCAGCGACGACGACCAUCAUGUCAACGUUCACUUCGACUACAAGGAGGAAGAGGAGGAGGCAGAGGAGAUGGCAAAGGAGUUGGGAUUUGCGGGCCCUCUGCCCGGCUUCUACUUUCUGCCGCUCUAUUAUAGGGAGCAGGGCAACCUCCGGAUCAAAGGCCUCGUCCUCAGGGAGCGGAGCCAGCCCCAGUUGCUUGGCUGCCCGCCCGACAGAAGGCUGUUUUCCCGCGUGGGAGAAUUCAUGCGAGGGCAGGUCCGUCCGUCCGAGGAGCGGAAGUGGCGCCUCAAGGACAUGCCCGAGGGCUGGUCGUCGGUAUUCGAAGACUUUGGGAUUGCUAGAUAUCGGGACACUGGGCUGGACAAGGAAGACUUGUGCGAGGACCGGGUGGUGGGCCAUGUGCAAAAGGAGCUCGACGAGAUUUAUUUAAUCUAGAGACUUUUGAUUGACGGGAUACAAUGGCCGUUUUUUCCCGGCACGCUUCCUUCCAUGCAUUGGGCGGCCUCUUUUGCGUCCUGAUUCCUAUUACAUUACAGAGCUCCAUAUCUACCAACACCCGGCCCCGUAGCCUCC